GUCUCAAGAGUCAAUUUGAGCAAUGCCACUCUCCCAAACUUGGCCACAAGUGGAUGCAAUACCAAGGAAUCAACCAUUGGGAAGGCUUGCUUGAUCCUCUUGAUGAUAACCUAAGAUGGGAGAUUCUAAGAUACGGCCAAUUUGUUGAAGCUGCUUACCAUUCCUUUGACUUUGACCCCUCUUCUCCCACUUAUGCCACGUGUCGUUUCCCCAAGACCUCACUCUUAUCUAGAUGCGGUCUAAAUAACUCCGGAUACAAGAUAACCAAGAAUUUGCGUGCCACUUGUGGGAUUCGGUUACCAAAAUGGAUUAAUAAGAUGUAUGAACUGCCACGCAAUCAGUCUAGCUGGAUUGGUUACGUUGCAGUUUGUCAUGAUAAAGAAGAAAUCGCACGUCUUGGCCGGCGCGACGUGGUGAUUGCUCUCCGGGGAACAUCCACUUGUUUAGAGUGGUUGGAAAACUUACGCGCUACGUUAACAAAAUUACCUAAUCAUAUGAGUAAGGAUAACAAUGUUGAUGACAACAACAACUCCGGUGGUGAUAAUAAUUCUGCUAGGGCAAUGGUGGAAAAUGGAUUUUUGAGUCUUUAUGUGUCUAAAACAGCUACAAAUCCAAGUUUACAGGACAUGAUAAGGGAAGAAAUUGCAAGAAUAAUCCAAUCUUAUGGUGAUGAGCCACUUAGUUUAACUAUAACUGGUCAUAGCCUUGGAGCUGCACUCGCCAUCCUUAGCGCGUAUGAUAUAACCGCCACCUUAAAAAAUGCACCAAUGGUUACCGUGGUUUCUUUUGGUGGGCCCAGGGUGGGAAAUGAUGUGUUCAGGAACCAACUGGAACAAAGUGGGACCAGAAUUCUGAGAAUCGUUAACUCUGAUGAUGUCAUCACAAGGGUUCCAGGUUUUGUGGUGAAGAAUGAUGACGUGGCAAGCAUCGGGGAUGUCCACGUGGCGCGCUUGCAGAGCUGGUUUCAUAAGCGCGUGGAGGACAUGCAAUUGGUGUAUGCUGACGUAGGACAAGAGCUGAGGCUUAGUAGCAAGGAAUCACCGUACCUCAAGAAAGGAGAUUUUGCCACGUGUCAUGAUCUAAAGACGUAUCUACGUUUGGUAAAUGGUUUUGUGAGCUCUUCAUGUCCGUACAUGAAUGAAGUGACGGAGUAUCAAUCAGAACCUUUGCUUUGAUCCGUUCCUAUUAGAUUUGGACCGAAGCUUAUACAAUCUAAUCAUAAUUCUAAUAAUUGUUUCGUUAGUUGUAAAUGAAGAUGAGGCUGCGCUAAUUAUGAAGUGA